AUGGAUGACAAAAUAUGUAGGACGUUCUUUGCUUUAAGGAAUUCGUUUUCCAAUAAUUUGGAAGUAAACGGAGACUAUCAAUUUAUUAUGAAUCAAUCAACUUUAAAUGGGUAUUGUACUAAUAACAAAUGUAGUAGUAACCUCGAAAAAAUUAAUGCUGGAUGCUUAUAUUUGCUUAAUGCAUUUUUUAAGGAUUCUUCUGUGUUUAGUUCUGUUGCAAAAAAUAACAUAAAUAUUGUUGAAUACAUUAUCAUGUGGUUAAGUUAUAUGUUAAACCUAAAGAAAAGUGAAGAAAAUAUAAGCACUCUAAAAUAUUUUUAUGAUAUAUAUAUAAAGAAUCAUGAAAAGUAUACAAAUCCUAUAAAUGGUGUUGAUGCUUAUUAUGAUAGUUAUAAGGAUAUUAUAGAUAAAAAAAAAGAUUUAAUAAAUAUGAAUAUUAAAGAUAUAUCUAAAUUUUAUGAUGCAUUUAAUACAUUAUGUAUGAUUUAUAUUGAAUUUGAUGAAAAAAGUCCAAAUUGCAAUAAAUAUUCGAGAAAAGCUAAUGAAUUUGUUGAAAAAUAUAAAAAACUUAAUGACGACUCUAAUAUUACUGGAAAUAGUUCAUAUGUUCAACUAUUGUCUACUUUAUUAAAUGAUUAUAAUAAUUUUAUAAAUAAAUGUAGUCAUGUUAAUUGUACAAAUCUUCCACCCAUUGCAACAAUAGAAGAAAUACAAACUUCAGAGCAAAGUUCUGCGCAGCUUUCUGCCCAUAGUUCUAAAGAAACUGUAAAAAGUUCUUUACAAGAUUCUGAGCAGCUUUCUGCACAAAGUUCUGAACAAAAUGUACAAAAAAUUGCACAAAAUUCUGAACUAAUUUUUGCACAAGCUUCUGAAGUUAUACCAUCAAGUUCGUCGAUAAGAAACAAAUUAUUUACAGUUUUAUCAAUAUUUGGUGCAAUAGCAUUUUUUUUAGGAAUUUCAUAUAAGUAUUCGUUAUUUGGAUUUCGGAAACGAGCUCAAAAACAAUAUUUAAGAGAAAAAAUAAAAAAUAUAAAGAAGAGAAUGAAUCAUUAA